AUGUGCGCGCACGUCGGCCCCGGGCUUACCUACAAGUUGUCGAAGCAGCUCGACACUCGUCUACCCUACCGGUUCAGCCUUGUGUCCCUCGAACUUGCCCGUGUGCGGCUUCCAUUUCAUACACACCGACCUCGACGACCAGACUCCAUUUACACGAGUCGGCUGUGCGAAGGUUCCGAAUCCCAUUCGCUACUAUCGAACAACUACAGGCUCUCGCUCCUCAACUCGGAUCACAACAACGAGAUCAUCUACGUCGAGAACUACGUCGAGAACCACAUCGAGAACCACGUCGAGAACCACGUCGAGAACCUCGUCAACGAGCGGAAUAGAAUCCACGACCCUUGA